GAGUUUUUGAAUUUUUGUUACACACUAUGAAAGGCGUGUUUGGAAAAUUCCUUAUUUCAAACCUUCACGCUUUCUCGUUCAAAGUAAAAGCCAAACCAACAAAUCUGCGACCAGCCGCCUGAUCGUCACACCUACAGACCUACCGCCGGCCGAGGAGCUAGUCUUGAGUGUCGCUUCUCCUCCUCCUCCUCCUCCUCCGACGUCUUUGGAACUGGAACUUGUUAACCUUUAACAAUAAAGACGAAGAGAGAGAUGCCAAACUUGUCUAAGGAAAUAGAAAAACAUGACACUGGCUCUGGGCAUCAUCCGAGUGAAGAUAGUGAAUACGAUAGGCUGGUUAUUUCUAAUGAACCUACCGCAGCUGGAGUGGACAUCUUACAACCUCAACCACCCACAAGGAGUGAAACUUUUAGCUGGUGGAUCAAAGCCUUCAUCUUCUGCAUUUUUGCCGUUAUAUUGAUUCUUGUUUUUUUGAAAUGGGGAGUUCCGUUUCUUUUCGAGAAGAUUCUUUUCCCAAUCAUGCAAUGGGAAGCAACGGCCUUUGGUCGCCCAGUUCUUGCAGUUGUGCUUGUUACUUCUCUUGCCUUGUUUCCUGUCCUCUUUAUACCUUCGGGUCCCUCCAUGUGGUUGGCUGGGAUGAUUUUUGGCUAUGGUCUGGGGUUCCUCAUAAUUAUGGUCGGAACAACCAUCGGAAUGGUCCUACCAUAUUUGAUUGGACUGCUUUUCCGUGAGCGUAUCCAUCAAUGGUUAAAGAAAUGGCCCCAGACAGCUGCAAUGGUUCGACUUGCAGGAGAAGGAAGCUGGUUCCAUCAAUUUAAAGUGGUCGCUCUCUUUAGAGUUUCACCGUUUCCUUACACAAUUUUCAACUAUGCAGUUGUGGUAACCAACAUGAAGUUUUGGCCCUAUUUAUGUGGAUCAAUUGCUGGAAUGAUUCCAGAAGCUUUUAUUUAUAUCUACAGCGGUCGGUUAAUAAGGACAUUAGCCAACGUCAAAUAUGGCAACUAUCACUUGACCCCUGUGGAAAUUAUAUACAACAUUGUUUCCUUCAUCAUAGCAAUUGUUACCACAAUUGCUUUUACAGUAUAUGCAAAGAGAGCUUUAAACGAUCUUGGUAACCGAGAGACUGAGGUGGACGAUGAGUCUGCCUCGUACCAGGGUGGCCUAGAGAUGGAGAAGCUUCCAGACGAAAGACGUAAGCAUGUGGGGGUCAUGUCUUUUUCAUCAUAGCUUGGAUUAUUAGGGAUUAGAUUAUUGAUUUAAUGAGUUAGGGAUGUAUAUUGGAAGGGAUUUAGGCUUCCCACAGAAAUAUAUGAUCAUUUUUCUGUUUUCAUUUCUAGAGACGCGACUUUUGUUCAUCCUUGUAUGUAAAAAAAUUAAACAGGGAAAAUAUACCAUACAAAAUGCCACAUGUUUGCAAAA